AUGGUCUUGCCGAUGAUAUGUAUUAAAAAAGAUAACCGCGCCGCGGAUAUUGAUCCUUAUAUAUAUUACAAUGACACUUGCUUAACUGGCAAUUCAAAUGGGCGGCUUUGGGGUCAUCUGGGGGCGUCGCCGGAAUUAGCCUUACUACCACCAAACGCCCAAACUGUCCCACGUAGUGGGCUAUGGCUCGGAUUUAUGGAUGUCAAUGAAGUUCAAAAAGGAGGCAACACCAAUCCCCCAGGCCCGGAAAGAAAUACAUUUGUGAUUGCCAAUGCACAAGUAGGAUUUCCAGACAGGCCGCGAUGCCUCACGUGGCAGAACAGGGAUGGCGGGGGUCGACCAGAUAUGGAAUUACUUGACAGACAUAAUAUUGGAUUCGGCGAGACGUUUAACAGUAAAUCCUUAUCAUUCUGGACUGGUAGGGUAGUCUUAUCGGAAUGUAAUUAUAUCAAUAAUACCACUUUCCCUCUCGACUUCAGCAAAAUCAGCGAUAAUCAGAAAUUUUGGGUCGUAAAGGAACGUAUAGAUAAUUCCUCAGAGGUUGGAGUUGCGUCUGUAAGACGAAGAAUCAUGCCGAGACUUCCUGAUAUCCCAGGUCCGUGGACGAUGUGUAUGAAUCACUUUGGAAUAUUUGAUUCAUGGGAACUUGGGGGCCAGCCUGAGUACUACAAGGAUCUCCCGAAAAGUUCACCUGAGAGAACAUCGAUUGGUUGGGGCUGCUCUCCGCAGAGGUGGACACUUGUCGGGACAUCGGUAAAUGCGCCUGAGGCGAGGAAGUACUCUUAUUCUCUGCAGGGUUAG